UUAAUUUGCUCUUUAUCAUGGCGGAAAUGAGUCCUGGAUAGUAGAUCUAAAAUAUUUUGAGAUAAAGUUUAAUAAUGGAACACCGGGCGCAGCUUGAGAACAGGAAAUAUAGGAACUGGGUGAGGGCAGGACUAGGCAUUAAAUACGUAAAAGAAGGUUUGGAACCAUUUUGCGACCAUCUUGUCAACCAGCAGCAUAUUGCUAUCUUAGAUAAAGUUAAACAUAAACACAAUCUUUCGACAGUGACAUGUGGACUUUGCGAUGUACGCACACUCCAGCCUGACCAUGUCCAAUCCAAAACUAGGCAGUGUCCUCUUGGUCAAAUGUACUGUAACUGCCAACAUCCCCGCGGGAAAAUUUCUUGUCCAAACAAAGUAUGUGGCGCCAUCUAUGAUGAAAUUAUUCAACUCCAUGCUUCAACCCCUCCAGCGCCAUACUGGAGAAACACGGAUGCACAGCAGUGGUGUACUGAACCGUGGGCUGUUGCAAAAUGUUUCAUAAAUGCUCCGGGAUAUGAACAGAAGAUAAAAGCAGUUGAGUUUGACUGUCCUGGCUUGUUGCAUGUUUUGCUUAAAAACCAAGAUUUUCAGCAACACAUCAAGUGCACAGUAACUGGUACAGAUGUUUUCUCAAGGGUACGCAUGUCUAGAAACAAUAUAUUUCAUUCUAAUAGCAUGGAACUAGAAGACUCUGAGGUUAAAAGUCAUAUAGAUGAUAUGAUAGAACUGUUGGAAGAUGACACAGAAAUUAAACACAGACAAGAAUCCAAAGCUGCGGUCAAAAAAUUGCAAGAGCUGAAGCAGGAAUAUUUCAUUAUAUCAACUACAGACGCGGCUGAAAUCCGCCGCGCUGCCAUGACUGCAAUCAAAGAAAAGGAAAAGGAGUUUGAACAGACGAUAGUAGAUGCAGGAAAUAAACUCCAGCAGACAGGACAGCAAAUUAAAAAGGAAUUGUUGAAUACAGAAAAUGAGUCAAAAAAGAAAAUUGAACAGAAAGGAAUUGAGAUCGAAAAGCAGCUGACAAGAACUGAGGAUGAAGCGAAAGAAAAAAUAGAGCAGAAACUUGAAGAAUCAAAGCAGCAAUUAGAGAGUCACAAAAGAACAAUCGAAGGGUCAAUGACGAGUACCGCUGAGACUAGAAAUGAAUCUGUGACUAGCGAGGAAAAAACAGACUUGCAGAUGAAACUGGUCAAACUAUAUGAAAUACACGUUAGAAAGAUUGCUCCGCUGCCCCGCCUACAUAAAGAUCGAAGGAAUGUAAGUGAAAUGUAUGUUACUCCCUGGAUGACUGUAGAAGUAAGGAAAGAAGCGUUUGACGGAAAAAAUGAAGAGUCUAAUGAAUGGGAAGAAGUUAAGGUUUCAAUGGACGAAAUAUUCAGAAAUAAAGAAAGGUCCGCAAAAAAUGUCUACGUAAUCGGAGAAGCUGGCACAGGGAAAACCACGUUUUGUAAAAUGCUGGUGCAUUUCUGGGUUAUCGCUCAUCAGUAUCAGGAAUACAGUUUAGACGUGCCUGACAUAGUGAAAGAAAUGAAACACUUUAAAUUCUUAUUUUAUAUUUCACUUCAACACUUUUCUGACUGUGACAGUAUAGAAAAUAUGUUAAAGAAAUCUUACAGUGAUCCUGAGCUUAGAGAUAUUUUACGAAAUGACUCCAGUGCAUGUCUUAUAAUACUUGACGGUCUCGACGAAUGGGACCCAGAAAGGAAACAUAUUUCACAGUUUCUUACCCCAGGACUUCCAGGACGUGAGCUCGAUACGGACUAUACCAUUAUUACAACUUCAAGACAAUGGAAAUUUGAUGCUCUGCCACUUAGUUGUAUUGAGGUAGAUAAAAAAAUCAAACUAAAUGGAAUUGAUAAAUAUGAAAUAAGAAAUUUCAUUAAAAAAACAGUCGAAUCAUUAAAUGACAUCUAUCAAAAAAGUAAAAAUGCAGAGGAGUGUAUAACUGAUCUUCGAAGUAGACAAGUGUCCGACAUUAGCCAUACACCAUUGGUAUUGCAACAACUUAUUUCUCUAUGGUUUCAUAAUAAACUCAAAGAUAAUUCGAAGUGUGCUAUAUACAGAAGUAUGUUAGACCUCUUUCUAGAGUGGAAAACACUUGGGACUUCUGAAAGUCAAGACCAACUGUAUGCUAUCAAUACCACCAGUAGAAAUACAUGGGUGAUACAGUACCUUUCAUAUUUAGCGUACGAAACCUUGUUUGACAAAAAUAAAGAAACCACACUGACGUUCAGUAGUUCAACACCUACCCAGUUGAACAUACCAAGUGAUGUGAUAAAGGACUGUUUGGCCAGUGGCAUUUUAAAAGAAGAGCGAAACGUAAGUUUGACUGAAAGUAUACAAUCAUCAAUUUCCUUCUUUCACAAAUCAAUGCAAGAAUAUCUAGCUGCAGUGUAUAUCGCUAGUCAGUUCAGAGAAAUGCUAAAAUCGCAGAAGGAUGAACAUGAUCUUACAGAUGUCUGCGUAAGGAAAUACUUCGGUAGUUGCAAAACAGUUGUUGAUAUUUUAGAACAGUCAAACGUGUUAAUUAUACUUUGUGGAUUAGAACCACGUUUGUUGACAAAGAUUAGUGAAUUUUUCUAUAACGUAACAAUUGUUGACAAAAUGGUGGUUAAGGAAAGAAAUAAAUUUAUGGAUCGUCAUCAAAUAAGUCUAGAUCAUCAUAAAUUGAUCAAUGAUAUUCAAGCGUGCAUUUUAAAGUGCAUUGAAGAAGUUAUGUUGAUUACAAACAAUGCUCGAUUACGUGUUUAUAUUGCCGAUCUUUACGUUGACCUUUCAACAGAUUUGCUACGUUAUGUUCAUAAUAUUGUUUUGAAAAAUGUUCUAUCCAUAGCAAUAGUAGACGGUAAAUACAUCAGGAUAGCCCUUUAUAAGAAUGAUGAUUAUAAAGAAACAUUUUAUUGUGCCGUGAAACAUUUAGUAAAAUGUGAUCAAUUAAAGGUCAUUAAAUAUACAUCUGAUACCUUUAGUGACAGUAGGAUUAAAAAUGAAGUUACUACAAUACUUGAGACAAAUGUUCGCACGCUUGAAACUAUCCAUUUGAGAAAUGUAGACUAUAAUAUUAUAACGAUAGCACGUCUUGUUUCAGUAUUACCGAAAAUGCGACAAUUAAUUUCCCUCCAGGUGUACUGUGAGUCCUAUGUAAUUUUUUUAACACAUGAUGAUAUUGUGGCGUUGUGUAAAUUCCUAAAGCAGACUACAAGUCUUCAACAUAUAUCGCUCGGGAGUUAUUGUUGUAAAGGCGAUAAACACAUGAUAGACCUAUCAAAACAUAAACAACUUCAACAUGUUGAUUUUAGGUGUACUUCAUUGUGUAUGGUCAGUUGUAACACUGACAAUCUAGAAACAUGUAAGCUUAACAUUACAAACGAUGACAUGAUGAAACAAGUGUGUAACAGUCUAUAUAAAGCAGAUAAAUUAAAACAUCUUGAGCUGUUUGACUAUUAUUCUGUGUGCUCUAACGAAACUGUUACUAAAAGUCUUACCAGACUGCUACCAUCAUUAGUCAGUCUCAGUUCUCUAACGUUAUGGGAUUUUACUUUUACUGACAAUAUUAUAGAACGUCCGUGUGAUAUGAAGAAUCUGAAAGAAAUAACACUUUUCCGUGCAACAAUGAGUCUGACAACGUGGUGCAAGUUUAUAAACAGUCUUCAUGAGCUGCCACAGGUAGUAAAGGUGAACACACACAGGGUGUAUAUUAAAGAUGGGACAAUAUCCGGAUUCUGUUUCUCUGAUGAAAAAGAAGAGGCAUCUGCAUACCAGUAUGUUAGAGAGAAAACGAAUUUAUUCCGUGUGACCAACGAUAGUCUAUAUCCUUUUCAAUUUACUACUAAGAAAUAGUGACUCUGAAUAUGAGUUUAUUAUGAUGUAAAUUUAGAUCAUGUGAGUAGGCAAAAAUUUUGACAGUGUUUCAUGAAAACUGUACAGCACAAAUGUUUCAUAUUAGAUCUAAGCUUAUAUUACAGCAUUUCAUAUUAUAUUCUGCAUUUUAAUUCGUUGUGAAAAAUGAAGUACUUCUAGAGUAAUAUUUUUUUUAAAUGUAAAAAAAAAUAUUUUUAUUUGUCAAUUAUUGUAAUAAAACGCAAAAGUAUUUUACUUUGGAUACUUCUAAACUGUAAAUAUAGUUACCUUAACACAUUCACAUAAUCUACAUGAUAUAUAUGUACAUGAUAAUGACAAAUAAAUUUAGGUACCGCGUUAAUCACGCAAUACAUAUUUGAUUUGAAAUAGAAGGAACUUAGUUGAACUUUUUAUCAUAUUCAUAACUUACCAAUUUGAAAAUAUUAAUUGAUUUAUCUUUAUAUUAGAUACUUGCUUAUUGCUUAAACUACUUUGACAUUAUAAUGUACAUGUGGUGGCUCGUCACUUUAAAAUAAUGUCGGCAGGAUUGCUUCAACAGCUUCUUAUUCUGUGCGUAUUAUAUAGACUACUAUAUGUAAAUUGUAACACUUUUCGGCAAAGUUUAUUGAUGUCUACUAUUGACUUAAGGAAUGCAAAUUUGUGUAACAUAUUAGAGCCAAAUAAGUUGGUAAUUAUAAUUCAGUAAAUAUUAUUAUAGAACAACUCAACGUCUGCUAUCUUGAAACGACGUAAAUGUACAGUACUAUUUGACAUUUUUAAAACCAUUUUAGUUUUAGGAUAUUAGAAUAGUAUGUAGAAAUAUGCACGAGCUCUGCAGCGGAAAUAUUGCGCGACUUUAGGUGUGAAAUAUUAUGCCAAGAACGAGUGCAAAUUCCAGAUACAAAUUUCAUAAUAUCUUUGAUACAUGCAGUCUGAUCAUGAUCUGCACUAUUUGUCAUUCAGUUAGUAUCCUUAUGGUACCCCUUUUAACAGUAAAUGGUUCCGUAUAAAUUGAAUGAUGGAUAUGUUCAUUAUAGAAAUUUAGCAGGAAAAGGUGUACGCGUAACACAUCUUGGUUUAUAUUAGGAAAAGUAGUCUGAUUAACAUGAAUCUGCAUGGGGACUGUAGAUAGGAAAAUAAUUUUGUGAUUAAUUGCAGAGAUUAAUCUACCCUCUGACAUGAGUAAAAAAAACUUUGGAGAUAUAUUGAAUAAAAUGUAUUUAAUUCAUUCACAAAAAUGAUUUGAAGGAUC